UCGCAAGAAAAGCAAUCGUGUUACCGUUACCCACUAAAUACAGGAGGAGGGGGGGAUGGAAUUUGGAAAUCAAAGUACAAAGUACUACAGUACAAUAGACGACAAACCUUCUGCAACACGACUCCCUCCCUCCCUUUCCUUCACAGCCGUCCAGACUUGACUCGCUCUUUCUUUGUGCGCGCGGACCAAGUUGACUAACUACGUUUCAUUUUGAAAGGACUGGCUGGAUAAGACGGGAGGAACAGCAUGGCUUUCCCAAAGAACUCGUUCAUAUUGGUGUUUCUUCUUGUUUGUUCCCUCAGAUGGAAUGCCUGGGCCAAGGUGGACAUGACCAUGGAGGAGAGUGUGGAGGUGUACCUGGGUGACAUAGCAGACAUCCCCUGCCAGUAUGUCUUCAGUGAGCAGGCCAGAGCAGUCAUGAUCCAGUGGUUUGUGAGGAAUCCCGGUAGCAGUAGCCGGGAGCGGAUCUACUACGGUGACAACACACAGCAGAUAGUGGAUGAUGGUACAGAAUUCACGGGCCGUAUCACAGUGUCCGACAUUGGGGACCAGGAGGGCGUGCUGCUUACCAUCCAGGACGUCCAGCUGACUGAUGAGAGGGAGUUCUUUUGCCAAGUCAACGGCAUGGCUGCAGGCAACGGAGAAGGCAAGACCCACCUCAGGGUGUUUGAUCCUCCAGAGGCCUCAGUAAUUGAAGGUGUCCAUGCUGGAAUCUCUGUGACUAAUGAGCUGCCAUCAAGGAUUGCAUCGUGUGAGGCAAGGAACAGCUUCCCCAAACCCAACAUCACCUGGUACCGUGACAGCAGCCCACUUACCCCCACACAUGGCCAGAUCAAUGUGGUAACACUGGUGACCCGUGAGUCCAGUGGCUUCUACACGGUCCAGAGUGAGCUGCAGUACAAAGUGGCCAAGGAGGACAAGGACGCCCUGUUCUCUUGUGAGGUCAGCUACUACGUUCCAGAAGGUGUGAGGACAGCCAAGUCCAAGGUCAUCAACAUCACUGUGCACUUCCCCACGACCAUCAUCGAGUUGUGGAAGGAAUCUCCCCAGGGCCUGGUCAAAGAGGGGGACACUGUGGAGCUUCGUUGCCAAGGCGAUGGCAACCCCCCGCCGCCCUUCACUUUCAACCGAGAACAAGAGCAGGAGACGGCACUGGAGGCCAGCGAUGACACUUUGGUGCUGAGGGAUGUGAUCCGUGGGGACAGCGGGGUCUACCAGUGUCGUUCUCUGGACCUGGACACCUACGAGCAGGUCACGGGAGACAUGCAGCUCACUAUCCACUAUCUGGAUCCAGCUGUUGUGGUGCCCAAAGACUCUGAGAUCUUGUUAAAAGGAGAGAGUCUGACUGCUACCUGCAACGCUCUGUCUUCCCUGGAAACUGCCACUGUCUGGUUCAAGAAUCGGCAGCAGGUUGGAAAAGGCCACAUGCUGUUCUUGCAGGAUGCCACCUAUGACACGGCAGGAGAGUAUGUGUGUGAGGUGACUGUUUCUUCUCUGCCUGGACUGCACACCUCUGGCUCGGUCCACAUCAUCGUCCAGGGUGCUCCCCAGAUGAAGGAUGCUGACAGGGAGGUUGAAAUGGAUGAGGGAACUGGGAAGUGGGUGAACCUGAGCUGUGAGGCACAUGCACACCCCCUGCCCACCAUCUCCUGGACCGUGACUGGCAGCCAGGUAAAACAGGGCUUGAGCUGGCGCGAGGUGCUGACCAGAGCCACGGAGCACAGCACUAUCAGCCUGGUGUCCGUCAAAGUGACCUCUGACAUCACAGCCUUCUGCAACGCCACCAACGAUAUUGGCACAGAGACAAAGUCCUUCAGCAUCAGAGCCAUUCCCAUGGUCACUUCAACUGCGCCCUACUCACCCGCUGAGGGCAAUGGUGUGAUCAUUGUGGUUAUCAUCCUCUGUAUCCUUCUGCUGGCCAUCCUGGGCAGUGUGCUCUACUUCCUCCACAAGAAGGGAAAGAUCCCCUGUGGCCGCUCUGGCAAGCAGGAGAUCACCAAGGAGAACCCCAACAAAGAUGACAUUGUGGUGGAGAUGAAGACUAACACCAAGACCGAGGAUGCCGGACUUCUGAAGGGCGUCAACGGUGACAAGAAUGGCCCCAGCGACCAGUAAAGUACAUGGAUCUGAGGAAGUGACAUAUGCAGAGGGCCGAGCUCUGACGUGGCCAGCCGAAGUUCUUCGCCACCCCACCACAUCCACCCACAAUCCAAGGCUAGACUACUGGAAGCCUUGGAAAAAUCAGCUUUCACAAUCACUUUAUAAUUAGGACUCAAUCAAUCACUUUCCCCUCAUUUCUUCUGUGUUCAGCCAUAUUCCCCAUAUCUGGCCAAAACCACACAGGAAUACACACCACAGAUUUUAAGGUGUAUGAUAGAGGUUUGUAGGAUGUUUUGAUUGCUCCGUUUUACUGUUUCUUCUUUUGUACCGUUUCCCCAAAGCCUUUUUGAUUUGAUUUGAUUUAGCUGUUUUCAAGUGUACGAUGACUUUCAUUAAUUGUGCGUUAUAAACUUUAUAAAGUGUAUAUAUUAUAUAUAUUUCGUUAUUUAAGAUAUUUUGACACAUACCUUUCAGACUUCAUGGUAGUAUCUGUUUAUGGUGUCAUUUUGCUUUAGCUAUUCAUCCAUGAUCCAUGUUUAGGCGUUCCAACAUUAUCUUAUGGAGGUGAUUUGACCAUAAAUGUCACUCAAGUCAGGCCAAGGGUUCUCUCUUCAUAUCUUCACCCUCUUAGGGCUCUAUUCAAUCUGUAACUCUGAAGUGUUACAGAUUCCACAAUAUAAAUGUUAAGAUCAUUUCCGAUUGAACCGACAUAAGCAGCGUUUACCGUGAAUACAGUCUCCGCUAAAGCAAGAACAUUGCCUUUAAAUUACAAUCAUGCUGUAAAGCUGAAUUUCCUCGAUGUGGAUUAAAUAGAGCCCUCAGUUUCUUUUCUGAUUGCUAUGUCUUCUUAAGCACUAUCAGUGGAAACUUAAAGGUACUACAUGUAACAAUUCAACAACGAACCGUCUCUUGUUGUCAAAUUGACUGGGGUCAGCAAAUCUGUUGUUGUCAAAUGGACUGGUCUGUUGUUGAAUUGACAAUACAAGAUUUGCUGGCUUCAGUCAAUUUGACAACAAGAGAUGGUCUGUCUUUUGAUAGCCAAUACGGCUGCACCAUUUGAAUGCAAUUUUGUGGAGGCAGAAUGUAAAACAAAUUGAAAUAAAUAUUGUGAAACUAUCAUUUCACUAUAACUAUACAUAUAUUAAGGACAUUUUCUGAAAUUACAAUGGAAAAAUAUUACAUAUAGCCCUUUAAGUCCCCACACGGAAACUCCCUGCCACGGGGGGGGGGGCAAGAUGGAUCUAAAUCCUCAGUCUGUGUUGACAUGUUCCAGCAGUCACACCACUGAAUUACAGGACUCUCCUCUUCUAUUCUAAUCACCAUUUACUUAUCUUACAUGUACACCCAGAUGUAAGAAGUAUGUGAUCUGUGGCAGUAUACAUGACCUGUUGUCUCCCAAAGCUAAUGCAAAGAUGGUUCGUUUUGUGAAUGGUCUACUAUCAGUGGACCAGUUGCUGUUAUGUUUUUUGUUUUUACUUUUCUUUUGGAAACCUACAGUAAAUAUACUGGUGUUCAAGACCUGAUCCGAUGAAUAAUCAGAUUGUGUCUACAACUCUACAUUCUUCAAAGCUCUGUUGUACACAAUUAUAACGCAAUUAUUUUUUAUCCAUUAAUCAUUCAUGAUAUCAAUAUGAUAUUCAUAAUAUGCUAAUCUGUUGACAUUGGACCAAUUACCCAUUGUAAUGUUUAGAGAGACAUACAAAAUGUCACAUUUUGUGGGUGUGUAUAUAUGCACUAUAUUGGCUGACUAAAAGCUUUGACAGCUAUACUCCAUCAUAAGACAUAAAUUCUGGAGCUGCCUAUCUGAAGAGAGAAAGCCUCAAGUAAAUCAGGGAACGAGUGAGCUUGUCAUGUCAGAUAAGCAGUAGUGGCCCAAUGCUUUGCCACCGUUAAGUAAAUGUCAGAUAAGCAGUAGUGGCCCAAUGCUUUGCCACCGUUAAGUAAAUGUCAGAUAAGCAGUAGUGGCCCAAUGCUUUGCCACCGUUAAGUAAAUGGCGAAACGCCAUGCCAACAGCCAUUUAAAUUUAGUCGGCAAAACUCGCCCAUCCGGAUGGGUCGUUCUCUUCUGAACUACUGUCGAGCUCUUUUACUGUUUGUAAUCGUAGCAUAAGAACCUUUGUAGCCAUGGCCUUCAACUGUCUUUUUUUAAAUGGCCUACUGUUUUAUAAUCGGCCGUGCCUGUGGAAAUUUGUCUCAUUUUGAAAAUGUAAGAUACACUGAAUAUUUUUUCUUUUUUCUUAUUUGCUCUGUGUAUUUCUUUGUGUUUGGGUGAGCACCAAGCAGACCUGAAGGUCAUUUUGUGUGUGAUCCAUUUUGGAUGCUUAUUGUAAGUUGUGUGCAGGGAAGAAGUUGUUGCUCUGAUUUGUAUCAUUUACAGAAUGGUGAUAUGUUAGAGUUCAAUUUGUACAAAUAGUGUAUGUUGUGAUCCUAACAUUGCCUUCAAAGGUAAUAUUUUAGUGGUCAUUGUAAGUGUUUAGUUGAAAUGUAAUACAUUUUGUUCAGCCUGCUUUCAUCCUGCCAUUGGACUGCAGAUAGUGGACCUUUGGUAGUAGUAUGACAACUGUGUGCCUUUUUUGUUCAGUCUGGUUUAGUUGUGUUAUAGUGUAGUGUUUUGAUGCUUAUGGAAGGAAGAGGUCUGGACAUGGGUGUUUCAUUCAUGUCACCCAAAGUCAGAUCCCAACACAGGAGAAGGAAAAACUUGUGGCCUAGAUGUAAAAUAGGGUCACUGUUAGCAAACACCACCAGUGAUAUGUUAUGACUAUCUGGAACAGCUACUGGUGGACAAUAAUGUUUGGACCAGCAGUUUAUCAUUGUUUUGUAAUGUUUUAAUUUUGCAAAUGUGUGUAAAUUAAGUAUAGUUCUUGUGAUUUGAUGCUUGCAUUUUUUACAAUUCUUUUUUGCAAGAAAAUGCCAAAUAAAAAAGUUAAAUUUGA